AAACACGCGUGCGCUCUGCUCCCUAGGCGGCCCGUGUAUCGCGAAGGAUGCCGGGAGUUCUUUUAUAGCUGGAGCUCAGCUGAGAGGUCCGGGUAGAUCUGUGCGAAGGCGAGCUGUAUACACAAUAAUGGCGGAGGGGGACAACAUGAGCACCAACCAGCUGGCUGCAGAGACAGCUAGCCUGGAGGAGCAUUUUCAUGGAUGGGGUGAAGUGGUCCUGCUUUCAGAUCGUGUCCUUCGCUGGGAGAAGCCAUGGUUUCCAGCUGCUAUAAUGGGAACAGUGUCUUUUAUCUUCCUGAUGAUCUAUUACCUGGAUCCUUCAGUUCUUUCUGGUGUAUCGUGUUUCGUUAUGUUCCUAUGUCUGGCUGACUAUCUUGUACCCACAUUGGCUCCCAGAAUCUUUGGCUCCAACACAUGGACCACUGAGCAGCAGCAGAGGCUGCAUGAGAUCUGCAGCAACCUUGUGAAAACCCGACGCAGGAUUAUUGGCUGGUGGAGCCGUCUUUUCGUCUUAAAAGAAGAAAAGCCCAAGAUGUAUUUUAUGUCUAUGAUCACAGUUCUUGCUGUUGUAGCUUGGAUUGGACAGCAAGUUCAUAACCUCUUCCUCACCUAUCUUAUAGUGAGUUGUGCACUUUUGCUACCCGGUCUGAACAAACAUGGAGUUAUUACAAAGUUUGUAGGAAUGGGAAAGCGGGAAAUAAACAAACUUCUGAAGCAGAAAGAGAAAAAAACUGAAUAAGGUCAAGUCAACUAUCACACUGAAACUUCCAUGGGAGCUUUUUUUUUUUUUUUUUUGAAGAUUUGGUAUUUGGGGUUAAAGCAUAUGCUUGACCUUUUUAACAUUGCCGAUCACUUCCCCCAAUAAUUACCAAUGCUGUAUCUUUCUAAACUUGUUGCACUGAAACUUGUAGUGUUUCUCUAGUGUACAAAGUCUUUAUCUCUAGAGUGUUUGACAAACUGCUGUAAUUCUAAUUUGGCCCAUGUGGGCAAAAUUCCUGUGUCCUCUAUUUUUAAUGUUUUCUCGUCCUUGUAAAUAUUCUUUAUUUUUAUCCUUGUUUAUAAUAUUUUAUUGUGCGAGUGUGGUUUAUUGUUUUAUUUUUACAAAUUACAUGUCUUCCUGCUGUCUGUGGAUGUAAUAAACUUAAUGUACAAGAAAUU